AUGAGGCCGCCUUCCACGGGGGAGACCGGUGGGACGUCUCUUGAAAGUCAAAACACGCCAACCAUCGGCAAGGGUUCUUCCACUAAGGCCCAGCCGGCUUCCGCAGAAGCGACGAACACCCUCUCCAGCAUCUGCGUCUCCCUGGCCACGUCGCUUUCCAUGCAGACUGUAGCCUCUCGGGCUCAGACCUCGCCGCCAUCAACCCCUCCGAGACCACCAUUGCAUCCCACAGCGCGAGCUCUUCUACUCGGGCAGAAUCCACCCCAGCCGAAGGAGGCACCACGUCUUCGCUGCUUUCUGCAGGCCCAAGCACUGCAGUGCCAGAAACCAGGUCCUCUGGAGAACUGUAGCCUCUCGGCUCAGACCUCGCCGCCAUCAACCCCUCCGGAGACCACCAUUGCAUCCCACAGCGCGAGCUCUUCUACUCGGGCAGAAUCCACCCCAGCCGAAGGAGGCACCACGUCUUCGCUGCUUUCUGCAGGCCCAAGCACUGCAGUGCCAGAAACCAGGUCCUCUGGAGAGUCGGUGGCUUCGAUCGUCACCACCACGGCUGCUGUUGGCACGACCGAGCGAACCUCCGUCCAGCCUCCAACCACUCCCUCCCUCGCCCAAUCUUCUGCCGUGCCGUCGGAGGCAACCUCACUGCAAGAGAGCACAACCCCACGCCCGCAUUCUGGCUCUUCCACGACCAAACCGGAGCUGAGCUCUGCUCGAGGAACCACCCUUCCCGGGCCAACUUCUGUCCCUUCGACUGACCACUCUCCGCUUGCCCCUACCGAGGAGACCACCGUUGCCUUCCAGGCCAGCAGCACUUCAGCUAAGGUCGAAGGAACUGCGGCUGAGUCCACCCACCCUCCACUCUCUUCGGCAACAUCUCCUACGGCUGCGCACUUGACCACCUCGACUCUGGAGGUGAGCGGUUCCACGCCGAUGAGGCCGCCUUCCACGGGGGAGACCGGUGGGACGUCUCUUGAAAGUCAAACCACGCCAACCAUCGGCAAGGGUUCUUCCACUAAGGCCCAGCUGACUUCAGCAGAAGCGACCGGAACACCCUCUCCAGCAUCUGCGUCUCCCCUGGCCACGUCGCUUUCCAUGCAGACUGUAGCCUCUCGGGCUCAGACCUCGCCGCCAUCAACCCCUCCGGAGACCACCAUUGCAUCCCACAGCGCGAGCUCUUCUACUCGGGCAGAAUCCACCCCAGCCGAAGGAGGCACCACGUCUUCGCUGCUUUCUGCAGGCCCAAGCACUGCAGUGCCAGAAACCAGGUCCUCUGGAGAGUCGGUGGCUUCGAUCGUCACCACCACGGCUGCUGUUGGCACGACCGAGCGAACCUCCGUCCAGCCUCCAACCACUCCCUCCCUCGCCCAAUCUUCUGCCGUGCCGUCGGAGGCAACCUCACUGCAAGAGAGCACAACCCCACGCCCGCAUUCUGGCUCUUCCACGACCAAACCGGAGCUGAGCUCUGCUCGAGGAACCACCCUUCCCGGGCCAACUUCUGUCCCUUCGACUGACCACUCUCCGCUUGCCCCUACCGAGGAGACCACCGUUGCCUUCCAGGCCAGCAGCACUUCAGCUAAGGUCGAAGGAACUGCGGCUGAGUCCACCCACCCUCCACUCUCUUCGGCAACAUCUCCUACGGCUGCGCACUUGACCACCUCGACUCUGGAGGUGGGCGGUUCCACGCCGAUGAGGCCGCCUUCCACGGGGGAGACCGGUGGGACGUCUCUUGAAAGUCAAACCACGCCAACCAUCGGCAAGGGUUCUUCCACUAAGGCCCAGCUGACUUCAGCAGAAGCGACCGGAACACCCUCUCCAGCAUCUGCGUCUCCCCUGGCCACGUCGCUUUCCAUGCAGACUGUAGCCUCGGGCUCAGACCUCGCCGCCAUCAACCCCUCCGGAGACCACCAUUGCAUCCCACAGCGCGAGCUCUUCUACUCGGGCAGAAUCCACCCCAGCCGAAGGAGGCACCACGUCUUCGCUGCUUUCUGCAGGCCCAAGCACUGCAGUGCCAGAAACCAGGUCCUCUGGAGAGUCGGUGGCUUCGAUCGUCACCACCACGGCUGCUGUUGGCACGACCGAGCGAACCUCCGUCCAGCCUCCAACCACUCCCUCCCUCGCCCAAUCUUCUGCCGUGCCGUCGGAGGCAACCUCACUGCAAGAGAGCACAACCCCACGCCCGCAUUCUGGCUCUUCCACGACCAAACCGGAGCUGAGCUCUGCUCGAGGAACCACCCUUCCCGGGCCAACUUCUGUCCCUUCGACUGA